AUGGCGCCCCUCACCGUCUGGGCCAUCCACACCUUCAUCGCAGAGCAUGGCGACGAGCUCGACUUUAAGGCGGGCGAGGAGAUUCAAGUCAUAGAAAAAGACGAUGCUUUCGGAGAUGGAUGGUGGAGAGGACGCAACAUCAAAGGCGAAGAAGGUCUUUUUCCUGCAACCUACAUCUCUCAGGACCUGCCGGCACAUGCGGAGGCGGAAGCUAUCACCGAGAAGGAGGACAUACCAGUCGAAAAGGAAACCGGAUAUCUGGUGAAUGGAGCAACAAACGGCACAGCUGCAUCCUCCGAGACGCCCACCCCCACGCCUCCUGCUCCUGCUCCCGCAACAGCAUCUGUAAACGCCCUCAAUGCUACCGCUCCUGGCGCGUACCCCUCGGAUAACAAUGUCGCCGCAUCAAAAUCUUUGGCCCCGUCGGAAAGUCCCAACGGCACGAGUACAGUCGACGGGCCGAUCCUCGAUUCCGCUUCAACAGCUGUGGGUGCGGCGGCUGGUGUCGCCGGUGCCGCAGCUGCGAGCGUCGGAACGGUCAUGAACAGGACUAUUGGUGAUAUCCAAGACGCUAUCGAGUCCAUCGCCGCUCCCGCCGAGUCGGAAGACGGGGACGACCACUCUGAGCUCGGUAUCGGUCAGGAUGCACGCGCCAAGCUUGUCGAGCAGGCCCGCUUGGCCAACGAAAAGAGGGAGAGGGAUGAUGGCGGUUUCAUCUACUCUGAUGAGAGCGACGACGAAGAGGACGAGUAUAUUCGCAGAAGGAGUUUGCCCUUGGCGACCAAGAGCAGGACGAGCCUGGGGACGGCCGACUCGCCGUUCGGGAACGGGUCAAUGGCCACAGCUCAAAAGGAAGUCCAAGCAGAGCCUGUGGCGAGAGCGCCUUCUCCUGUGAAGACUCCUGCUGCCGCGGUGCCCAUCCCUACUUCUGCUCCAGUACCAAGGGCAACACCUCCCCCCUCCAACCACAUCAUCGCUCCCGAACCUACCCACAACUCUAUCCCCCAGGCUGCCGAGCCCGAGACUUCCAAGUCGGCUGUCACCCCCAGACUCGAAACUCCCGGAACCCUCGAGCCUGCGUUCUUCCCCACCACGCCUUCUGUAUCCCAGACUCCCGUCGCUCGAGGCCAGACCCAGUCUCCCGCGAACGGGGCGGGCGGUUUAACUUCAAGCAAUGUGUCCCACAAGUCUGGCAACAUCCCUGCCAAGCCACCUACGACUUGGACUGUCGACGAUGUUGUUGCCUGGGCGCAAGCAAAAGGUUUUGAUGAGGGAAUCGUCGACAAGUUUAAAGAACACGAGAUUUCUGGAGACAUUCUCCUCGAGCUCGAUGUCAACCUUCUUAAAGAGCUCGAUAUACCCGCGUUCGGAAAGCGCAUGCGCAUCGCAGCCGCCAUCUCUGAACUUCGCCGACCUUCCUCUACCGUCUCCUCCCACUCUCAGCAACUCUCUCCUUCAGGUCUUCCCGGCCAAGGUGGCUACGGCGGCUCUUCUCGAGGUAUGAGCGCUCCACCUUCCAGCCUCGGGUACCAGGGCUACCCCAGCACCCCACCUUUGUCGACUCCGCCUUUGAGCGCAAGUUCGGGCGCUGGCGAGGAAGGUGUUGCGUAUGGCGCUUGGGCGCAUGGACGAAAGAGCAGUGGACACCAUGCCUCGGUGCCCGUCAUGGAGAGCAUCAAUGAGCACGGGGGACAGCAGGCCCAAAAGCAGGUUCAAUCUCCCAAAGAGCCCGAGCCCAAGCGCGUUAGCCAGCCUGCUUCCACUGCACCCUCAACUUAUCAGGCAGCUUCCUCCCUCCCUGCCUCUCCCACCACUCCCGCUACCCCUGCCACUGCCAACUCUACCAACACGACUUCCACCCUCAACAAACGCGAGUCCACCGGCAGCAUGUCGCACAAGCGCGGUAAGCCGAGUCUGGGCGGUGAAGGCAAAGACAGGCUCUCCUUCUUUGGCAGAAAGAAGCCCGCUCCUGCCGGGUCGCCGACGGCAGAGGGCAAUAGGAGCGUUUCUAGGUUGGGCUUUGGUGGAGGCAACAAGGCCCAUCAGGUGACUCCUGCCGUUCCUGCGAAGCGUGUCUCUGGACCUUCCAACCUGGGCGGAUCUGCCGAGGGUGGUGCCGUGCCUGGCGGCUCUGCCUUGCAAAAGAUUGGCAACCCCGACUACUCUGGCUAUAUGAAAAAGAAGGGCGAGCGCUAUGGUGGUUGGAAGAGUCGAUACAUUGUGCUCAAGGGACCUACCCUGUACGUCCUCAAGAGUGAGCACGCCGACAGUCUCAAGGACAAGAUCAAUCUUCACAACCACCGUGUCGUGGCCGAUGCCUCCGCCCCUUCGGGAUCGUACGGUCUCCGCCUCGCCCCCAAUACGUCGGGCGAGCCUGCCCACUUCUUCUCCGCCAACGAGCAGACGACUGUCAGGGGUUGGAUGAAGGCGCUCCUUAAAGCUACCAUUGAAAGGGAUUACACAAAGCCAGUGACAAGUAGUUGUAACAUUCCGACCAUUCCUCUGGCCGAGGCGCAGGCGAUGGCUCCCAGACCGCCCAGUCCCGCUACCAGGGCGGCUACGCAGAGGGCCACCAGGAGAGAUAACCCCAACCAGUUGACGCCGCAUGACGCGACCAUCCUCACGAGCUUGGAUACAUCUUCUGGACAGAAGAGGCGUUCUCAACUCUCAGCAGGUGCCCCGAGCCCUGGCAGACCUGAUCGAGACUCAAGACGGCCCUCUAGCCACGUCAGUCAGACUACACAAAAUACCCAGAGAGCCUCGACUCUCGGUGCAGGUGAAGCUUUGGGAGCGGUCACAAGCCGAGGAAGUGGCAAGGCUUUGAGUGGCAUCUCGUUCAACCCUGUAGAUGCUUCGGAAGCUCCUCAGCUCGUCCAAUGGGUUAACGAGCAUCUCCCGGAGAUCUACCCUCGGGUGACUUCCUUCCCCCAAGCCUUUGCUUCAGGCGAAGUCAUCUUCCUUCUUGUCAAAUCCCUCUCCAAUGUCGAACCUUCCCCGCCCGUCGGGCCUGAAGCGUUCCAGCCUGACCCUAACGGACAGCCAGGGAUCGAGGGACUGUUUGCGAUGAUGGACAUGUUGGUGGACAGUGGUGUCGGAAUUGAAGGGGUUAGCAUCAAUGAUGUGAGGACGGCAGACGAGGCGGGAGUACUGCGGUUGUUGAAGGAUGUGAAGAGCUGGCACGAGAAUGGACAAAAGGCUUGA